AUGUUGAUAUCACGUCGUGUUUCGCAGUUGCCAACUCGUUUCUUCGCUUCCUCGUCCAUGUCGACGAUUCCACAAAUCACUCGUGCCGACGUGGAUUUUUUGACGAAUCCGCCGAAGAAGUAUGUCGAUCAGUUUAUGAAAGUGCACGGAAACGAUCGAACCGUCUUCAAGCAAUACGACAUUACUCAAUGGCAAUAUUGCUUUCCGGAUUACAAAUUCAAAGUGAUUGCUCUGAAAGGCACCACUAGAGUCAUCGCAGUGGCGCAUGUUUGUCCUAUGUAUCCUUUGAAAGGUUCUGGAAACAAGCCAAUGAUCUUUAUGGGAUUCGGAUGGAUUGAACCAGAAUACAGAUGUCCAAGUAUGGCAAUGCUGCAGAAUGAACUUUGUAUGGAGGAGGUUCACAGUGAUGAGGACAACCUGGUUUCUCAAAUUAACGAGCCUGGUCGCAGAUUUUGGCAUCUGAUGUGUGGAUUAAAGGAACAUGAAGACAUCGGACAUCGAACAGCGGAUGUCGGAUACAAGAGCUUCUAUGAUGCCAAAGAAGUGGUCAUCCCGAAAGACCUGAACACCAAUGGAAUCUAUUUGAGAAACGCCAGAGAUGUCCCAAAACGAGAUAUCAUUGAAUACGAUCAAACGAUUCAUCCAUAUCAUCGCGAAAAGUACAUCAUCUCUCAUAUGUACGAUCGUGACGGAUUCGGGAAAGUGGCGUAUGAUGAGGAUGGAAAAGUGAUUGGAAUUGGUCAAGCGAUCAUUUAUAACAACAAGAAGGACUGUAAUCUGGGACCGAUCUAUGCUGACGAGCCACGUGUCGCCCAGGCAAUGUUCAAGGAGAUGUUACAGGAUAUUAAGGAUUCUGGAAAGUUCGUUUCCCAAUUUGAAGUUCGAUCGGCUCAAAUGGCUCCGAAUAGUUUCCGCUGGAUCUCUCCAUUCCUGAACUGUAAACCAACUCGUUCGCACAUUUGCAACUUGGUAUACAAACACUGGGCACCGCAGAACAUUGACCAUACAAAAGUCUACUCUCCGACUCAUGCUCAACUGUUCCUCGUCUAG